AUGUGCAAGAUCUCUCAUCAAGGUUUCCAGAUUGAUAUCUGCGAUCCUUCGAAGCGCUUUGGCCGUGAAGUGCCGAAGAGGGCUCGCCAACUUCCCCUGCUGGCAUACUCCAUCCUAGCUUUCUCAUCACGUCAUCAGGUCAUGAUCACUGGUAUUGACGACGAAAAAAGUGAAGAAUAUCAUAGUCAUGCUCUGCGUAUUUUGAUCCCCAUUCUCGAUGACCCGAUGUCAUCGUUGGAUGAAAACCUUCUAGCAGCAGCAAUCCUUCUGAGGCUGUACGAGGAGAUGUGUGAUGUCGAUACUGGAACCCAUCUCAUUGGAUGCGCACGACUGUGGAAUAACAUCCCCGACUUCAUAGCUGAAGGCGGUUUGAGUGAAGCAGCGAGCUGGAUUCUCCUCCGACAGAACCUGCACAUCUCGCUCAUCAAAGGCGAGCCCAUGCAAGUAGAUCUGAACAAAUACAGGCGUUCGAGGUCAUUUAUAGAGACGACUGAUGAGGACUUUGCGAAUCGCAUUAUUCUUAUCUGCUGCCAGGUAUUAGAGACUUUUUUUGGCCCAGGUGCACAGCCUGAUUAUGAAGCGUGGGUGCAUCUUGGGAAAGAGGUUGCGCUAUGGCAUGAUUCGAUACCUGCGCAUUAUCAUCCUUAUCACUCUGACAUGGAGGGUGGUUCUGCUGGUGUCAAGUCGGCGUUUCCUGUAGUAUGGAUGAUGAAUCCUGCUCGGGUUAUGGGAUACCAGCACUAUUGUCUAGCUCGCAUCCUGCUGCAUAUCUCUGAGCCCAGACUAUGGGUCUCCAGUUUGAGAACUAUUGAGCAUCGGGUAGCUGCCGAUCAAGCGGCCUUGAAUGACCUUCAUAUCGCUGUCGGUCUCGGCAUCCACAACCCUUUGUAG